AUGCCACACGCAGUUGUCCUCGCACCUACGACGAUGUCAAACAACUCAUUUCUUGGAUCUGGGUCAAAGAAAAGCUCCAUAUUCGGCUCUAUCAAAAAGCUUGGUCGCAAGAACAGUAGCAAAUCUACUGCAUCCACAAAAGCGAUGGAUGACAAGAGUUCCGCAAAGGAACCCUCGGAUCUCUCAGUACCAGUAAACGCAGCUGGGUCAAGAUCAAGGUCACCUAGUUCAAACCCAUUUUCAACCCCCUCUCCUGCCACUCGACGACCAGACGGAACUGUCAUGGGCGCUUUUACGAGUUCAUCAAAUAAGGCACCGCCAGCCUAUUCUCCAUCACCUAUCGAUGGCUCCGGUCCAUCUUUUGCAAAUAUACCAAAAAUCGCCCCAACUGACGACGCUGGCGAUGAAAGCGAUUACGGGUUUCUUGCCACCUUUGAUACAAUCAUUCUGAUCGACGAUUCCGGCUCCAUGGCAGGAGGUCCGUGGAAGGAGGUUUCGCAAGCACUUGCCAGCAUUGCUCCUAUUGUCACGAAAUACGACAGUGAUGGAGUUGAUCUUUACUUCAUUAAUCAUAAAUCAAGCGAUAAAGGUGAUUUCCCCAACGGCAUUGCGCCAACCGCAUACAGAGGUCUCAGAAGAGCAAACUCUAUUCACGAGUUGAUGGAAAGAGUUCGACCAAGUGGUGGCACUAUGACUGGUGUUCGCCUCAACAGUAUUCUCCGACCAUACCUCACAAAGUGCGAAAAGGAGUUGGCACUCGGAAAUGAAGUAAAGCCACUCAAUAUCAUCGUCAUUACUGAUGGUGCACCAUCUGAUGAGCCUGAGACAAGUAUCAUCCAAGCGGCUCAGAGGCUCGACCGAAUGGAUGCACCGCCAUUUCAGCUCGGCAUUCAAUUCUUCCAGGUCGGCAAUGAAAGAGGCGCCAAAGAGGCACUCGAAAGGCUCGACGAUCAUCUUGCAAAUAAGGUUCCUGGAGGAAUCAGAGAUAUUGUCGAUACAGUCACAUGGACUGGUGGAAACAGCGCUAGCGAGGGCGGAGUUGGUCUUACUGGUGACUCUAUCCUCAAAGUCGUAUUAGGCAGCGUUGUCAAGAGACUUGAUCGGCAGCGCGCAAGUUGA